CACAUUUUUUUAUCUCAAUGUUUUUUGUAAUCAUAAAUUUUAACUGAACGAAUUUCAGACACUGCGCAUGAGCAGUAAUAAAAACGGUUAUAGAAGUAGACAUCUUUUGUUUUUAGAUUGGGAAAUAUAACUAGAUAACCAGAUUCUAGAGAUAUCAAGUAUCUAACAGACAUGAGUAGCUCAGAAGAAGUAUCAUGGAUAUCAUGGUUUUGUGGAUUAAGAGGAAAUGAAUUUUUUUGUGAGGUGGAUGAAGACUAUAUUCAAGAUAAGUUUAACCUGACUGGACUUAAUGAACAAGUGCCACAUUACAGACAAGCAUUAGACAUGAUUUUGGAUCUUGAACCUGAUGAUGAACUUGAAGAAAAUCCAAAUCAAAGUGACUUAAUAGAACAGGCUGCUGAAAUGUUGUAUGGCCUGAUUCAUGCUCGUUACAUCAUGACAAACAGAGGCAUUGCUCAAAUGAUAGAGAAGUGGCAGCAGGGUGAUUUUGGUUAUUGUCCUAGAGUCUACUGUGAAAAUCAGCCGAUGUUACCUAUAGGUCUAUCAGAUGUACCAGGAGAGGCAAUGGUAAAAUUGUAUUGCCCCAAAUGUCAGGAUGCAUACACACCAAAAUCUUCUCGGCACCACCACACAGAUGGAGCCUAUUUCGGCACUGGAUUCCCACACAUGCUUUUUAUGGUGCACCCUGAGUACAGACCAAAGAGGCCUGCCAAUCAGUUUGUACCAAGGUUAUAUGGUUUCAAAAUACAUCCAUUGGCUUAUCAGCUUCAAUACCAGGCUGCCUCUAAUUUUAAAAUGCCUAUGAGAGGUGCUGGACAUCCAAAUAGCAAACGAUGAAGUCUUCAUACCAGCCUAAUAUGCUAGAAUUUUUUUUAAUUUAUAGGUUAAAUGGCCAACUUAUCAUAUUCUUGGUGAACCCAAAACAUGUUGAAAUUAUUAUUUUGUUUUUAAUACAGUACACUUUGUAAAUUAUUUUGUGUUUGCUCGAUUGGAGUAAAAGAUUGUAUGAAUGAUUUGAAACUGCAUACAAAAAGAAUGGGUGAAUUAUGUCAAAACCAUUUUUUUUUUCUGUAAUUUUGUUAUUACAAAAAAUUAAAUUAUUUAAAACGUUUUUUUUUUUUUUGCUCUUAUUAAAUGUUUGAAUUCUGCUCUACUAAGUGUUAAAAGAAGUCUUAUUGAAGAGCAGUGUAUGUAGUCCUGAAAUAAAACAUCAGAAUAGG